AUGUCGUAUCUAGAAUUUAGUAUUUUAAAAGGGUGUCGUUUGCUUCCUAGAGCAAAUUACGCAAUGCGAUGCCAAAGACCCCUCCUUUUACCUCCGCAGCCCACCCUUUUCUUCACCCCCAAAACCAUUACUAAAUGCCCCGAAAAGUUCCAUUCUUCGUGCAACUGCUCCUCCACCAUGUCUGACGAAACUGACCCAACGAAACCCACUUCCCAAAACGCCCUCCAGAACCUUCAGAAUUACCCAGUACCGUUGUCUCCCCCUUUGCCCCCAAUCUCAAAGCAAAUAGAGCUCAGCAGAGCCAUGUCCGCCUCUUCAAGAUCCAGCCUCUUUUCUCUCUCGAGAAGCGACUUGAUAUACGAGGAUGAGUGGCUCGUUGCAGUCAACAAGCCUCAGGGAGUGUAUUGUGAGAGCGUGUUGGCCUCGGUCCCCGAGGUUAUCUGUGACUCACCCGCGCCAGUUCCAGAGACUGGAGCCAGCCUGCCAGAGCUCCAUCUUGCAAAUCGGCUUGAUCGUGACACCAGUGGACUGAUGAUUAUAACCAAGUCACAUAAAGUAGCUUCCAAGCUUGUGAAGGCAUUUACAGAUCACAAGGUUUCCAAAACAUACGUCGCCUUCUGCAUAGGAUCGGCUCCAAAGUGGGAAAGGAUCACCAUUAGAUCAGGUCAUGGUCGGUCAAAGUUUGGGGCCUGGCGAGUGUAUGCUGCCUCAGAUGUGGGCAGGACACUUCCGGGUGGGUCAGUAGUGAGAGACAUGGAAACGUCAUUUGAAGUAUUAUCUAUUAAUGGACACAGGAUUAUCGAAAAGCCAUCUAAACUUUUAAAAGAUGAAGACAAUAUUAUAGUAGUUGAAGAUAAAGCUGUAAUAGAUAGAGAGGGAAAGAAAGACGAAAUUUUGAUAAGAGCUAAACCUCGAAGUGGAAGAACGCAUCAAAUCCGAUUGCAUUGCCAGUAUCUUGGAAUUUCAAUAAGAGGGGAUGUCAAAUAUGAGGGUGCCUAUGAGUGGAAAGGUAUAACUUAUGAUGGCCAUGAACUUCAUGCAGAGAGCUUGUCGUUAGAGCACCCUGUUACUGGUCUUCCACUUAUGCUUCAGGCACCUCUGCCUAUAUGGGCUCAACAGGAACUGUAGCCACUGUUUUGUCAAUUGAUUUGGAUCCAUAGUUGUUGGACUUCAAUACAUGCCAUAGCUAUGGCCAGGUUGCAGGCCCAAGGUGCCUUACUAUGUGGGGCUUUAGUUAUUCACUCCAGGUUGCUAGAUGUUGUUCUUUUCAAAUUUCUGCCACUUAGAUGGUUAUGAAAUUGCCUUGAAGAAGCUGUGAUGCUAGGAGCAACCAAGGCCUCAAGUUCCUAUUUCAAACUUUCAGCUUCUUUGUGCUAAGUUGCCACAAAAAAUUGGUAUCAUGUAUUUGGUCGAAGCUACUGUAACCACUGGCUUCAUACUAUAAUCCAAUGAGAAUUAUACAGGGAUCCUUCGAGACGGCAUGACAGAAACAUACACAUCAAUAUAUAUUGUUAGAAAUUUAUGGAAAACCAAGUCAUUUGGCUUAAAAUUCCUCAAGCAAUUUUAAACUUUUUGUUUUAUUCAUGUAAGGAUAAUCAUUUCAUGAUUGUGAAGAUAAACAGCUAGCCUCAUCUUGAAGAA